UUUCUAACAGUUCACGUAAUGCAUUGUGGGUAGGUCAGGCACAGGGAGGACGCCAUGUGCUGUUGAGGCAGUAGUGGCACCGGAGUUGGACCUGUCUGCGAUCGUCUGGAUUUGCUGUUCUUCUCAGCGGAGGUUCCGGUUAACGCCAGCAUGUACUGCACCACGCGCUGCCUCCGGGCCGCCAUGCGGGCCGCCGCGAGCACACACCGGCAUCACCUUCAGCAGCAGGCACCGGCCCUGUGUUCUCUCCGACUAAUGAAAACCAGCCCGACCUCGCAUUCAGACGCCAUAGCCACGCCCCCUCUAGACGGAGCGCCCAAACAGUACUCUCCGAAAAUCCAGCAGCUGGUCAGCGACAUCGCCAGCCUCACCUUGUUAGAGGUGUCGGACCUCAACGAGCUGCUCAAGAAAACCCUGAACAUUCAAGAUGUUGGAAUGAUGCCGAUGGGGGCAAUGGCUGCAUCUGCUGUCCCUGCAGCUCAGGCCAGCGAAGAGGAGGAGGCGCCGGCUAAGAAAGAGAAGACCCACUUCACAGUGAAGCUGACAGAGUUAAAAGCGGCUGAAAAGGUCAAGCUUAUAAAGGAGGUGAAGAACUGCAUCCAAGGCUUGAAUCUGGUGCAGGCUAAGAAACUAGUGGAGUCCCUUCCCCAGGAAAUCCGGGCCAAUGUAUCCAAGGAGGAAGCAGAAAAACUCAAAGCAGCUCUGGAGGCAGCAGGGGGCACUGUGGUGUUGGAGUAAAUCAGUGGAAGCACACGCGCCCGUGUACUCCGGAGUUUUCUUCUUCAUGCACUUCCUACUUCAUCGAAACUUUUUUUUUUUUAUUAUUCAAAAAGAGGAUCUCCAGAGAAAUGGAAAAAACCCAACAUUUUUCCAACGAUCCCAUCUUUUAGCAGGGUCAGGCGGGAUGGUACAACUCGGACUGAACUUUACUGAGAACCGACGUCCACAGACGACCCCUGCACUCCCUGCUUAUGUGCUCGUGUGUUGCGUAGCUAGGAAGCUACAGAGAUGCUGGCCUGGAUGCCACAGAUAUCAGUGGGUAACUCUGUGUUGACGGUAAACUGUUCACAGAAAGAAGUUGGAGCUGUAUGAGAAUGGGUUACAAAUGUGGAGUAACACCAAAUGUAUCUAGCUCAGUGGAUGUCAGCGCUGAGUCCAUAAAUACUCAGUCCUUGAUAAUGUCAUUAAAGUUGAAUUAUUCAUAUUUCAUCUUU